AUGAAUCAUCUGGCUUCCGUAGCAGCAUUUGUUUUUGUGCUUUCUUGUAUCUCCAUGGGUAAGUAGAAAUUCGACUCAUACCAAUUUUUUCUCAUAGCUUACGAUAUUGAUUUGUUCUAUCUCCUUCGAGUAAAAAGGUGAUGACAAUUGAAAAGAGGAACUAGUAAAAACCUUAAGUUACCGAUCCCGAUUCUUUUUUUUGUAAGUUCGAAUAUACUUUCUUUGUACACGAAAAAAGGGGGCGAAGCUAUACGGAAAUGACUAGCCAAACUUGGUCAAAUUUAACCAUUAUGAAACUUAAAAAAACAAAAUUGAGAAAAAUAUAAAAUAACUGCUGAUCUCAACACAAGAGAAGGAAAGCAGCAAAAUGAUAAAAAAGGCACAGAUGGACAAAAUUAAGGGUGCGUUUUUUGAAAACCUUCCGGUCUUUCAGUUUUUCAGAGUUUUGUUCAGUUCUAAACUUUGAUAUAACAGCCUUGCGAGACAUACUUGUUUGUCACGAAGCUGUGACGAUUUUUAUUUUAUUUUAUGAUUUAACNGUUUUUUGAAAACCUUCCGGUCUUUCAGUUUUUCAGAGUUUUGUUCAGUUCUAAACUUUGAUAUAACAGCCUUGCGAGACAUACUUGUUUGUCACGAAGCUGUGACGAUUUUUAUUUUAUUUUAUGAUUUAACUUACGUAUAACAGCAUCAGUAACGGGGCAGCAAACCGUAAACUUCUUUUUCAAAUACUUUACAGCCAGAAAUCUGGCAAAUUAGGAGAAGUCGCAAUGUCGAUGUUUCUUCGACGUGGCAGAUUUUCAACUAUUUCUGUAGCAUUGCAAGCUUAGUGUAUGAAGCUUUUUAUCGAUUAUUCUAUUUUCGUUUCCGUAGAAUAGCUAGGGAAAAGUUCAGGGCAAACGUUAUCGGAUUUGAUAGUUUUGAAAUUUUCCGCAGUUUGUAAGUUUAAGUACAAGAGCACGUUUUCAAAGAAUAUUUGAGUGUCUUUACAAGAAGAAAUUUGCCUUGGGGCUACGACCACAUCCUUUAAUUGGCUAAAGAAAAGAUUGUAAUCGGAUUAUGCUAGGUAAUUAAUAAAAGUUAAUAGGUAUUUUCAGGGGUCCUUUUUGCAUGCACGGUGAAAUAGGAAUUCUCACACGAUUUUAUAGAAUCCUUAAUAAGUUUGCGGAAUGCUUCCGAUAAAUACCUACCACCUUUUUUUACACCAAAACUUCAGCCCUAUUUCAGUCUAAUUUCAGGGGUGAAGCGAUAUUUUUAGAAGAUCAAUUUUACAAGCACACUGUAAAGUUAGCGUUACUUACAAGACUCUCCAUGGACUUGCUCCUGCUUAUAUCAAAGGUCUUCUUCAAAGUUACCUCCCGGCACGGGAUCAUAUAGGUCUUUAAAGAUAAAUCUGCGAGCCUUUAACGUGCUUUUAACAUAAGCAGUUGCGGCCGUUGUGCUUUUUCUGUUGCUAGGCCGCUUCUUCGGAACAGUCUUCCUCAGCAUAUUAGGGAUGCUGGAUCACUGGACAUUUUAUGCGCUUUUUUAAAUUGAUGACUCGACUUGGUGUUUUUAUAUCUUACAUUAUUUUAUCUUUAGUUUUUGUAGUUUUUUAACGUGGUUUUUAAAUUUUAACUUUCACUGUAGUUUUAAAUUUUCUUAAACUUGAUGUAAAUAGCGCCUUUGACCCUGGGAAAGAGCGCUUUAUAGAUGUCUCAUUAUUAUUAUUAUUAUUAUUAUUAUUAUUAUUAUUAUUAUUAUUAUUAAAGUGAAGUCCAGAUCCUGGUUCCUAAGGGGGGGGGGGGGGGGGGGGGCGGGGGGCAAAAGGGAAGUGUGGGAAGGGGGGGGUCGCCGGUGCCUUCAAACCCGGAGCCAACCCCAAAAAAUUCUCUCUUUGUCUCCCCCUUUUAUUGUAGUUAAAAGCGCGUUUUUACCCGGGAAAAUGGUUUUUUUAGUUUUUUUAUUUUUUUUUUUUUUUUUUUUUUUUUUUUUUUUUUUUAUAAAGGGGAAGCCCCAUCCCGGGUCCGGGGGGGGGGGGGGGGGGGUGGGGCGCAGGGGGCACAAGAGAAGUCUGGGAAGAUGUGUGUCGCCGAUGCCUUCAAACCCUGAGCCAACCCACAAAAAUUCUUCGUUUCUCUACCCUGUUUAAGACAAAAGAAUUUCGUCUGUAACCCUGAAAAGCAUUUUCAAAGGCAGAUACGUGUAUUUAUUCAUUUACUUAUUCAUAUAUUUAUUCAUUGAUCUACUUAUUAUUUUUUUCCAGGUUAUGGACUAAAGUGCAAAUCGUGCAUGGUUGAUGGCGGGUGGGAUGAAUGCAAAAAUUAUACAGACGUGAUGACUUGUCCAUCUGGUCAGGAUCGCUGCGCCAAAGCGAAAGCAGAAGCCUUGGUUGGAAGCAAGACCUACACUUACUAUGUCAAGAGUUGCGCCUUUGACAAAGAAUGCAAAGAGAAAGAUUGCAGCCGAAUAGGUGAAACGAUUCCCAACUUCAAGAAGAUCAUCAAGUGCAAUGUGGCCUGCUGCAAGACUGACCUGUGUAAUGAUGGAGCUGGAAUCUCAAUGGUCAGCGGCUUUACGCUGUUUAUAUGCGCUCUUGUAGCAUUAACCCGUUCGGCGGUUUCCAAAGACUGA